AUGCCCACUUACAGCGCCAGCGAAGAUGCUUUGACCACCCAAGUGGUGACCUUUUAUGAGCAGCCAAGUGACCCUACUGUUCCUUCGCAUCAAGCCACGGUUCUCCUGUUUGAUCCCAGCAACGGCACCCUCAAAGCCGUCAUGGAUGGCAGCGUCAUUACAGCCACGACCGCGGCCGUUUCUGCCAUAGCUCCAAGGUGACUCUUAAUGCCAGUGGAUUCUGAAGUAUUAUGCAUCCUAGGCGCUGGCGUUCAAGCCUACAGCCACUAUGACAUUUUCACUGAAUUAUUUUCAUUUAAAGAGGUGAGGAUCUGGAAUCGGACCGAGGAGAAAGCCCAGAAGUUUGCUCGCUUGGCCAGUGGGCCAGUGCGCGUCUGCUCUUCUGCUCAGGAGGCUGCAACUGGGGCUGAUGUGAUCAUAACAGUCACUAUGGCAACAAAACCCAUUUUACGUGGAGAAUGGGUGAAACCUGGGGCCCAUAUCAAUGCCAUAGGCGCAAGCAGGCCAGACUGGCGGGAGCUAGACGAUGAUAUCAUGAAGAACUCGGUGUUGUAUGUGGAUUCAAGAGAGGCUGCUCUGCGUGAAUCAGGAGAUGUUAUUUUAUCCGGGGCAGAGAUUUUUGGAGAGCUGGGUGAGGUGCUGUUGAAAACAAAACCUGCUUUGCGUGAGAAAAUGACUGUGUUCAAAUCACUGGGCAUGGCGAUUGAAGAUAUGGUCGCAGCAAAAUUAAUCUUCGAUUCCUGGUCAGCUGCCAGCUGAAGUGAAAAUCCGUGACCAUCCUGAACAAGAAAGCAAUGAAGUAGCAUCCUGAGUUGUGUUCUUCCCCUCCAAAAAAGCCCUGUUUUAAUCCUUUAGCUGGACAAUCAAGUUAAAGACUGAAAUUGCAAUCCCAUACACACUUAACUGGGAGCACUGUAUUGAUCUCAAUGGCAUGUACUGCUGAGUAGAGAUGCCUAUGACUGCACUGUAAUUCUCACUAUUUUAUAGGAAGAUUUUUUUAGGAUGAAAUAAUUAUAUACUUAAGCACAUUCAGUAGUCUUUUGUAACAUUUAUCUUUCCCCCCAUGUGCUUCCAACUCUGACUUAUGCUUAGUGCAAAUAAACAGAUACAGAUUUUUGUCUCUU